AUGGCCAGUGAAAACAGAUCGCUCCUUGAUAUGCUCCACGGCGGCAGCCAACCAGGCCAGCAGCAGCAGCCUCAAGGUCAGCCCUCCGCGCCUCCUCAACAGGGUCCUCCUGGUCUCCAGCAGCAGCAGCAGCAGCCCUUCCAGUUCCAGCAGCACCCUCAACAAGGUCCCAUGGGCGACAUGUCCACCCCGCCCAUGCCCCCGCUUCCCUUCUACCAGAACAUGGGUCCCCCUCCUCCUGCCAUGGGUCAAAUGAUGCCUGGCUUUGGCUUCAACCAGCAAGGACUCGAUCACCAGCAUCAGAUGUUUGUGCACCAAAUGAUGCAGCAGCAGCAUGGUCAACCUCGCGGCGCGCCUAUGACCCAGUUCCAGUCGGGACCACCACCCCAGAGCCGUGCCCCACCCCAGGGUAACGCUCUUGCUUCGUUGUUGCAGAGUCUGAAUCAGCCUGCCUCGGUGUCGCCAACCAACACGUCGACCUCGACCUUUAUGGGUCCGUCGCAGCCUCAGCAACAGCAACAACAACAGCAGCAGCUUCAUUCUCAAACUCACUCUCAGGCACAUACACCAACAUCUCAGGCGGAUCUCCAAGCAAGCACAGAGAGCCUCAAGCUGGCACUCUUUGGACCCCCCAAGCCCGAGCAGACCAGUGCCCAGCAAAAGACCGAGGAUUUGAAGAUGGCCCUCUUUGGCUCUGCUCGUCCUGACUUCACCCAGGCCCAGUCUCAGUCAAGCCCCAAGAAGGAAGAAGUUAAUCUGUUGGCGAUGCUGCAAAUGUCAGCGGGCUCUCCUUCGUCAUCGCAGGGGCCAUCCGCCGACAUCAAGAGUCUCGACGGCGAAUCCGACGCCAAGCCCACCGACUUUAGACGCGAACCCGCCUCAAAGUCGCCCAUCUCCAAGGAGUCCACUCCCCAGUCGAGCGCAAAGUCAAAGUUCACCUACGUCAACCCCUUCCACUCCUUCUCCAGCGCGUCCGCCGCCGUCGCCGCUUCCACUACCCCUUCAGCAUCAACACCCAACCCCAACACCACAACCACACCUCCUUCGCACUCAAGGACCGGAACACCCGUUGCCGAGACCUUCCCCUCCGGUCCCCCUUCUAAGCGAUCCUCGUUGAGCACACCGGCUCCUCGUCGCGAUACCUUGGCCCAUGUUGAGCCAGAGGCCGCCAGCCGUCCUCACGAUCGGGAUCAGAAGCGUUAUCAACUGGAUCAGCUCCUCCCUCCUCAUUCCGCCUGGAAUCACCGCGUCCAAAAGUUGUCCAAGGGCAGCUCAAGCUUCCCUGACGGUGUUUACUUGAGACACCAAGGACAGGGACCAACAACCUAUGACACUGGACUAGACAAUUUGAACGCAAUUUUCUCGGAGGAUCUUGAGACCAUCCCUAUCACACUCAUCCCAACGGACGUUGACUACAACCACGGCAAGAUGGUCGCUGUCAGUAAAGGCUACAUCAGCUACGCCGCCAAGGGCGGCAAAAUUCGUGUCAUCCAGCAGUCUCAUGGACACAGAACCCUUCUUCGGGGACACACAGAUCAAGUCAUUGACAUGAGUUUCUCGUCAGCCGAUCAGGGAGCUUCAGGCUCGCAGCUUCUUGCCAGCGUUGGCAAGGAUAGCAGGCUCAUCAUCUGGGACCUCUCCACCUCGGACCCUGACUCAACUGACAUUGACCACUCAAAGUACUUGGAGCUCAUUGGAGCACCUCAGUCGGACCAGCCACGCUACAGUCGCAUUGCCUGGAGCCCCAGGAAUGCUUCUCAGCUGGCAUUGGUCAACAAUGAUGACCACUCGGUCUUUAUCGUUGAUAUUCACAGCCUCAUCGGAUCUCAGCUCAGCGACUCUCCUACUGUGACGGAGGCUCAGCUUGCUGCACACUCUCUUGUUAUCCAGGCUCAUGAUCAGGCUAUCAAUGACCUUUCAUUCUCCCGGGACGGUACUGCCUUGGUGACUGCAAGCGAGGACGGCACUGUCAAACUUUGGGAUCUCCACGCUGCUGCUGGUCCAGCACUAUUGAACGAGUUUGUGCCACACGGUGGUCUGGGUGUAACGAACGCUAUUUUCGUCGACCAUCCAGAUGCGACAGCUGCGCGCUGCGUUGUCACAGCCUGCCGUCGUGGAACAGAGCUCAGUCUCUGGCACGUCUCUGGAUCUGGCCCUCUUGAUCAGUUUGUGUUCAAGGAGCCACCAUCGUCGAUCCGCCGUUCUUCUCUGGGCAAAUCCGCCUCUCGUUCGCAGGAUAUGCGCAUGUUCAACUUUAUGGGAUACGACCACGAAACCUCCAGUCUGGUAUUGGCCAACAGUGCUCGUCUCUCGCUCUUUGGACUCAAGAUCAAGGUUACACCAGCGUCUGAGACCGAUCGCCCUACCGGCGUGAGCCAGGCAGGAUACAUCAAGUCCGCCUUGGCCUCCGAUGCCACACCUUGUGCCGCCACCUUUGACUUUAUGAUCGAGUACCCCAUGCCCCAACCAAUCGUCAGCUUCAUUGUUAUGCCUGACUCUUCCUUGGAGUACAAUGGCUUUUCGGUCUACUGCAUCCAGGCUAAGGCUGUCCAGCAGUACAUCAUCAAAGGCCUUGAGCCUCAUGACAAGAACAAGUGUCAGAUCUUUGAGUCCGUCCUUCCUGCUGCCAAGAUGGCCGAGCCCAAGAUCACGCGCACCAACUCUAAGAACAACACUCCCAAGGCUUCCAACUCGCCUUCGACCAAGGAUACCGAUGCUGUCGAUGUAUCUAUUCUCUCCAAGUCGGACGCUGCUACUGGAGCAGUGACUGAGGGUCUUGAAGGAAAGGAGCCAGAGAAGCCGAUCAAGUUGCACGGACCUGUCAUCAACGGUGCCAUCGCCAAGCUGAAGGAGAAGAAGCGCAACUCGUCCAACGACAACCAGAACGGAACUGACGGGGCUGACAAGAAGGAGUCACCCAAGAUGCCCACCUCGGGACGUAUGGGAAGGAAGACAAGCCAAGACAUGUCUCUUACUGCUCCUCCUUUGGAAGCCAAGAAGGCUGCCUCGAUUCCAGUGGCGCUCGGCGAGGCCAAGAGCUCGGCCGAUGCCAAGAACUCAGGACGCAGCAACACACGCAACCAGCCCAGCCGUGCGCAGGAUGCCACCGACGGCGCAUCGCCAGCACCAGAGCAAUCAUCAUUGACUUCUAGCGACAACGUUUCUCUUACCCUUGGCGACCUCCAGACCAUGAUGUUGGCUAUGGAGGACAAGAUUGCAUCUCGCUUUGAGAAGAAGUUGAAUGCGGAGUUGGAGUUGCAGUACAGGAAGAUGGACCAGGACCAGAUUGUCAGACAGGAGGCAGUUUUGAAGCUGGUCUCGCAGACCCUCGCCAAGAACACUGAGCAGCUUUUGGUCCAGACGGUCAACAAGGAGAUCCAGAACUCUGUCAUUCCCGCGCUCAACAAGGUUAUAGGAGCAGCAGUAGAGCGUCAAAUGGCUCGCACCAUGGGCGACGCAGCUGCAAAGACCUUGCCUUCGGCCGUUGAGGCGGCGGUGAGCGGUAAUGUGGAGAAAGUGAUGGCAGGUUCAGAUUUCAUGACCAACUUAGCAGUCCAGGUGGCUACGACUAUUCGCCCUUCGAUCGAGGAUUCGUUCAAGGAGAGCUUUACCAAAGUCUUGAUCCCCUCAUACCAGAAGGCGACUCAAGCCAUGUUCCAGCAGAUCCACUCUGCUUUCCAGAGCGGUAUUGAGGACUUGACGGCGGCCAACCAGAAGGACCACGAGUCGAUUGAGGCCCUCAGCAUCAACAUCAAGAAAAUCGCGUCGAAUGUUGAGGGUAUCCAGGCAAGUCUUGCGCAGGCGCAUCACCCACAGUCCGAGGCACCAUUGAGCGGUGGUGGUGGCCCUGGACGUCUUGAUUCGCAGCGCCGUAGCGUUGCCAGCGGACUCCAGAGAACCUUGCAGGGGGAGGACUAUUCCGGCGCAUCCAACUAUGGAUCUCGCAGGACCUCACAGCAACCCUCGCCCACCGAGUCCAAGCAGACGUCGGCUAUCAACCAGUUGAUCGCCUAUGGCGAUUUUGAGGGUGCGUUCACCCAGGCCUUGUCGACUAACGAGCCCAGCGCAGUGUUCCAUAUCUGUAGCAAGGUCUCGCCCCGCGCCGUCUUCCAACAGACAUCGUCCAACCCUAACGGGACCCUUAGUCAGCCUGUCCUGUUGGCGUUGACACAUCACUUGGCGAACGAGCAGUUGGGUCAGAACUUGGGGGUCCGCUUGACGUGGCUUCAGGAGAUUUUGAUGCGACUCAACCCCAAGGAUCCUUUGCUGGGGGAUCAUAUGGCAAGGAUUCUUCCAACUGUCCAAGCUCGUCUGGAGGCGACAUAUUCUGAGGUCGCCAAUAGCGGCGAGGCGAACCCGCAUUUGCACACGCUACAGCUUUUGUUGCGUUAUGUUCACAGCAUGCAACUUUGA